GUCAAAAGCCCAGUACAGUUAACGUGAAAAAAGGCCUUGCUUCGUUUCUACACUAUACACCUUUAGUAGCUUCUUCUCAUCUCAUUCUUGUGUUCUUGGAGGGCGAGGUUUUGGCUAUGGACGCCGCUGCGCGCCCAAAGAAUGUGGCUUCUUUCCGGAUCGAGGAGCCGGAUCCCUGACUGGAGGCGCCCGAUCGAUGGCGACGCGGCCGCUGUCGUGUGGAUUCUGGCAGGAGCUAUCGAGCUCGGCGAUGGGGAAGCGGCGGAUCUGGUAUGGCAUUUGCGUUUCCAGGCGUGAAUCCGGCCUCUAGAGCGCUGGUUUGAUCGGUUCUUGGUGGUAGAAGCGCGGUGUCGGGGCAUCGCAGCGAGCUAGAAUCAAGAUAUUAUGCCUCUUCCUCCUCCAGCGGGGCUUGGGACGUCUUCGCCGCCAUCGAGGGCUCAAGAUCAUCAUGAUCCAGAGUCCCCUUCCCUAGGUAGAAGACCCGGACCCUGGCCGCCGAGGAUGGACGCCGGUGGCAAUCAGAAUCCCAGGACGAUGGGAUCAUGGGCCCGAAGAACAGGAUUCCGGAGCAACAUGUCCGGCGAGAGCGCGGCCAGCACCAUCAGCGACACGGAUGUGAGCAAUGCUGAUGCUACAUUGCAUCUCAAGGCCCCCAAUUCGGCAGAUCUUAGUGGCGGUGCUGCUCCCAGAACGCCGGUGGAGAAUGGGAGCGCUGCCAAGGAUCCAGGCGCUACACCGACGAAAGUUUACACCCCUCCCGUGAGCUCAAAGAGAGGGACCGGAGGGAUUGACUCGGAGAAUGUGAGCGGCGUCCAGCAAAGCAGUGGCCAGCUUCGUGGACACUAUAGAGACUCGGAGGUUGACAUGGGUUCUCAGCAAGACAUGGACGAUGUCCUCAUGGCGAAACAAUCUCAUAUGAAGUAUGAGAUCAGAGAGACUCCGGGACUAGUUCCGUUAAUUUUGUAUGGAUUGCAACACUACUUCUCCAUUGUUGGAUCGCUUGUCCUUACGCCUUUAAUCUUUGUGCCAGCCAUGGGCGGAAGCAACGAAGAUGUCGCUAAAGUUGUCUCUACUAUGCUCCUGGUCACUGGGAUCACAACUUUGUUGCACUCGUUUUUCGGUUCGAGGUUGCCUCUGGUGCAAGGCGCAUCAUUCGCAUAUCUGGCUCCAAUUCUGACUAUCAUUCAUUCUCCGGAGUUUUCUAGCGUACGCCAGAAUAGAUUCAAACAUAUAAUGAGGGAAUUGCAAGGAGCUGUCAUUAUUUCUUCGGUGUUCCAAAUGGUCGUGGGCUAUACUGGCCUUAUGUCUAUCAUCCUCAGGGUGAUCAAUCCGGUGGUUGUUGCACCAACUGUUGCUGCGAUAGGCUUGGCAUUUUUCAGCUAUGCUUUUCCCGUGGUUGGAACCUGUGUCGAGAUUGGUCUUCCACAGCUACUGAUCGUACUUUUCUUUGCUCUGUACCUGCGAAAAAUAUCUGUCUUCGGGCACCGAGUUUUUCAAGUUUAUGCGGUGCCCCUGGGACUUGGUAUCAUCUGGGCGUAUGCUUUCUUACUAACCGAGACGGGAGCAUACAACUACAAAGGAUGCAAUAUGAAACUACCACCGUCAGCGGCAUGUCAACGACAUGUUUUCACUAUGAAACACUGCAGGACAGAUGUUUCCACGGCUUUGAAAGACGCAGCCUGGUUUCGCUUUCCGUAUCCACUGCAAUGGGGCGCACCACGCUUCAGCUUUAAAACGGGGCUCGUGAUGAUGGCCGCGUCGAUAAUCGCAACCGUGGAUUCGGUAGGAACUUAUCAUGCGACUUCGUUGCUGGUUGCUUCCCGGGCUCCAUCUCCAGGGGUGGUCAGCAGAAGCAUUGGCUUGGAGGGGAUAACCAGUGCUUUGGCUGGGAUAUUUGGAACUGGAGCCGGGGCAACGACAUUAACCGAAAAUGUGCAUACGAUAGCUGUCACGAAGAUGGGAAGCCGGCGAGCUGUCGAAUUUGGAGCUUGCGUCUUGAUCAUCCUCGCUUUAGUUGGCAAAGUAGGAGCAUUCAUUGCCUCAAUUCCGACUGUUAUUGUGGCCGGGCUCCUGGCUUUCAUGUGGACCCUCUUGACAGCUCUCGGCUUGUCUAACUUACGAUACAGCGAGACUGGAAGCUCCCGGAACGUACUUAUCGUGGGCCUCUCCCUGUUCACUGCCUUGUCAGUGCCCGCCUACUUCCAGCAGUAUGGCAACGCAGCGGUAAAUGCAGUGACUGAGCCUUACUUUCAACCUUAUGCGGUCGCUCAGCACGGCCCCGUCAAGACGAAGAACCACGGGGCGAAUUUCGUGCUCAACUCGGUGCUCUCGAUGCAUAUGGUGAUUGCGUUCCUGGUGGCGUUCGUGUUGGACAACACCGUUCCGGGCAGCCGACAAGAGAGAGGUGUUUACAUUUGGUGCCGUCCUCGGAGUGCUCGCAACGAACCGGCGGUUGUCAAGGAUUACGGGCUCCCGGUUGGAAGGAAGCUGUUCUCCAAGGUGAAAUGGGUGGGCUUGUGAUCCACCCACGCACAACAGGAUUGGUUUUGGCGGGAGCGAUAUCGUCGUGAAGUAAGUACGCAGCUUAGAUCGACGCAAAUUUUCUUGUUUCGAUAUGUCCAUGGUUUUGUUUCCGUUAAUGGCUUUGUCUCCAGAUUUUCAGUACGUAAUGAGCUGCCUGUCUUUGAGAAA